UCUGAUUGGCUUGGACAGACAGAAUGACAGACAGAAUGACAGACAGACAAACUUUAAGCAUUUUGAGCCCAGUAUUUAACCGCUGUAUAACCCUUUCUUUCAGAAAAGGGAAUAAAGUGAAUUCUUUCCCAGUUUAAUAGGUUUGUUGUUUAUUUUAUCUUAUAUGCUUAUAAUUGUGUUUAACAGUUUCAGUCAAUGCUGAAAUAUGUCAUAAUUCAAUGCCGUAUGAUCGAUGUUCGACUAAUAAUGCUUGUGGAUGUCUUCCUAUAUCUGGAACUGACAAUAUUGGUGUGUGUGGGUCUCUUCGAACAUUUUGUUCAAAACUAGUACCAUGCGGAUCAUCACAAGUUUGUUCUGAACCCGAUCAUAUAUGCGUUCAUCAUUCUCGAUGUAAUGAAAAUCCUGUUUGUUAUCCUCUGUCGAUGACAAAUCAGACCAUCUGUCCACCAUUAGCAAUUAAAACAAAAUUCCUCGAAUCGAAAGAUAAUGUCGAAACUGUCGCAGGAGGAAAUGAUUUUGGAAGUGAAUUAAAUCAAUUUAAAUAUUGUCAUGGAUUCUUUAUUGAUAAAAAUAAGAAUAUGUAUAUUACGGAUUGGGGAAAUCAUCGUAUUCUGAAAUGGAAACCGAAUGAAAAACAAGGACAAGUAAUUGCAGGUGGAUACGGAGAAGGAUAUGAAAUAAAUCAAUUAACUAAACCAACAGGUGUCAUAUUUGAUCAAGGAAGUAAUUCAUUAAUCAUUUUCGAUGAAGGAAACAAACGAGUUAUUCAAUGGUUCAAUCAAAAUAAACAAGAAAUUCUAAUUAAUAGGAUCUGUGCUUCUUCGUUGGCGAUUGAUAAAUAUGGAUUUUUAUAUAUUUCUGAUGCAGAGAAAAAUGAAGUAAGACGAUGGAAAAUUGGCGAAAUAAAAGGAAAAAAAGGAAUACUGGUAGCUGGUGGACAUGGAAAAGGAAAUAAAUUGAAUCAAUUUGAUUUGAUUAUAUCUAUAUUUGUAGAUGAUCAACAAUCUAUUUAUGCCGCAGAUUGUUUGAAUAAUCGUGUGAUGAAAUGGAAAAAAAAUGCUACAGAAGGGAUCGUUGUUGCUGGUGGAAAUGGUUAUGGAAAUCGCCUUAACCAGCUAAAUUAUCCUACAGGAGUAGCCGUUGAUCGUUUUGGUCGAGUCUAUGUGUCCGAUAAUUUUAAUCAUCGAAUAAUGCGUUGGGAUGAAGGAAAGAAAGAAGGCGAAAUCAUUGCCGGUGGAAAUGGAUCAGGAAACGCAUCGAAUCAAUUAUCCUUUCCCAAUACUCUAGCAUUUGAUCUAGAUGGAGAACUUUAUGUUAGUGACUGGGGAAAUUAUCGAAUUCAAAAGUUUUCACUGAAUUCUCAACAAACAUCUGUUUUCUCUCAUUAA